ACGCGAUGACUUCCGGGUCAGAGUUGAAUAAUUUGUCACAGUCACGUGAUUCCUCUUCCGGGUGGGAUGGUGACCGAAUAUGAAGUGAUAAGUCUUCUGCUAGUUGCUCUGCUCUGGGGAGGGACCAACCCCUUCCUGAAGAAGGGAACACGAGGCAUUGAACAAGUGCAGAAGUCAAAUCCAAUCAUACAGCUUCUGGCAGAGAUCAAGUUCCUUUUUCUUAAUUAUAAUUAUCUGGUGCCAUUUUUCUUAAACCAAUGUGGAUCAAUAAUUUAUUAUUAUACACUGGCUACCACAGAACUGUCGUUAGCAGUAACCAUGUCAAACUCCCUGACAUUCCUUUUUACCCUACUUACUGGAAAACUUUUAGGAGAAGAGAUAGGAGGGAAACGUGCAGUGCUGGGCAUACUUAUGGUGGCACUGGGUAUAACACUCUGCGUGGGAAACUCUGGUAAUACUGAACAAAGCCAACAUGGAUGAAGUGUCAGUUACAAUACAAAUAAGUUUAUAUGUAUGAAGAUACGUGUGAUCAACACAGCUAAAAAUCUCAAAGUGGAACAGGAAAUCUGUGCUGGCCACUGUAGGUCAGCCACAUGAUUUUGAUUUGCUCAGGUCAUGAAUAAAAAUUCUAAUUUGUAAGAGGAAGCCAUUCAUAAAGGUGUGGUAAAAUGUAUCCUAGGUUGGUGCACUGAUAUAGCUGUAAAUGGCUGUUGCAGCUAAUCUCUUCAUCUUUGACAAGUUAAUGCAUGUAAGUGAACUAUUCAUUUAGAGGAUUUUAGGCUUCAGCAUUUUAUAUUUAACAGUACCUUACCAAUAUCCGGUGGUGUUUCUUGGGAAAUACACAUUUAACUAUUUCAUUUUUUCCUUUUUACAUCAGAAAUUUUAGCAUAUGUACCUUAAGUAUGGCUGAUUAUUUGAAUUUUUAUUCAGUGUAUUUAAUCAUGAAUCCUUGGUGAAAAUAACACUAGUUGCUGGAUCUUAAUGUCAUUCAUUACCAUUGUCACCUAAUGCAUUUUCAUCAGUAUGUCUUAACCCAGAAGGCUGUAUAUAACCAAGUGAUGAAAUUGUGUAAACCAUAAACCAUUGCUUGAACAUACUUACAUAUUCAUGAAAGGAAUUUAGGGAAGGAGUGAAUUUUGGUUUGUCAUCAAUUACCAAUAGACUGGAAUCAUUCAAGGGCUUAGUGUUUUCAUAUGUAUAAAACAGCACAGUGUAUAAGAGCAAAUGGUGUAAUUAGUUCUGCGUGUAUUAAAUAAUAAUAGUACAGAGCUGAAGAAAGAAUUUUGUAUAAUUAUCAGGAAACAUGCUGUUUUUAGGCACUUUUUCAAUUAUUUGUAUAUUCCUGAAUUUUAUAUACUGUUGUUACAAAGUACUGCAUCUGUAUGAGACAAUUGAAAAUAUAACUUAUUAAAACAUACUUGAAAGGUA